AUGAGUAAACCGACACAUAAACCCGAUGAAGAACAACGUGCUUUAGAAAGACAUUUUGAAAAAAGUUUUGACAAAGUUCAAAAACUUCAAAAGUUACUAAAAGAUAUUAAUGAACAAAAUUUUUCUGAAGAACUUCUUGAUUCAUGUCCAAAAUUGAAAGAAGCUAUUACUGAUAUUGAAAAAAUGAAGUAUCGUAUUUCUAUUUUAAAAAGAUCAAUUGAGAACCAAAAAAAUGAAAAUGCAAAAAAAGUAAAGUCAAACGGUAAGGCUUCUGAGCCUAAAAAAGAGGUUAAAACUCCUCAAAAAAGUGGAAAAAACAAGGAAUAUGUUAAUGUUUUGAAUUAUGGAGAUUCAAUUGUCGGGCAAUUAAAAGCCAUUUUUACAGAUGCUUUGAAAAAAGCGUAUCCAUCAAUUGAAGACAAAAUUAUUCUCGUUGAAACAAACAAUCCAAAAUAUGGAGAUUACCAAUUGAAUAAUGCCUUAAAAAUAUGUGGAAUUUUAAAAGCUUCCGGUGUCAAAACAACCCCAAAAGAUGUUGCAACAAAAAUUGCUUCAUUAAUAUCAAAAAGUGAUUUAAUUGAAGAACUUGAUAUUUCUCCAGCUGGAUUUAUUAACAUUCAUUUAUGUAAGAAAUUUAUUGGACAAAAGAUUGGAAACAUUUUUGAUCAUGGAAUUGUACUUCCAGUACUUGAAAAAAAACGUGUUAUUGUUGAUUUUUCAUCUCCUAAUAUUGCUAAAGAAAUGCAUGUUGGUCAUCUUAGAUCAACUAUCAUUGGUGACAGUAUCUCACGUUUACUAGAGUAUGUUGGUUAUGAUGUGUUGCGUCUAAAUCAUAUUGGAGACUGGGGAACACAAUUUGGUAUGCUUAUAGCUCAUCUUCAAGAUAAAUUUCCAAAUUUCUUAAAUGAGACACCACCUAUUUCGGAUCUUCAGGCAUUUUACAAGGAAAGUAAAAAAAGAUUUGAUGAAGAUGAAACAUUUAAAGCAAGGGCUUAUGAAUGUGUUGUAAAAUUACAAAAUUUUGAUGAAGAAUUUGUAAAAGCAUGGAAACUUAUUUGUGAUGUUAGUAGAAAAAAUUUCGAAAAUAUUUACGAAAGACUUGAUGUAAAUUUAGUUGAAAGAGGAGAAUCAUUUUAUCAAAAUCUUAUGAUAAAUGUUGUCAAAGAAUUCGAAAAUAGUGGAGUUGUUAAAGUAGAGGAAGGUAGAAAGGUAUUUUUUCCAACAAAUUGUUCAGUACCCCUAACUAUUGUUAAAUCUGAUGGUGGAUUUACCUACGACACAAGUGAUAUGGCAGCUAUUAGACAAAGAAUAUUUGACGAAAAAGCAGAUUGGAUUUUAUAUGUUAUUGAUGCUGGUCAAAAUUUACACAUGGAAACAAUUUUUGCUGCUGCAAGAGAUUUAAAAUGGUAUGAUGAAGAAAAACAGCGUAUUGAACAUAUUGCAUUUGGGUUAGUUCUCGGUGAAGACAAAAAGAAAUUUAAGACAAGAUCUGGUGAAACUGUUAAGCUAGUUGAUCUUAUGGAUGAAGGAUUAAAAAGAUCUGGUGAUAAAUUAGUAGAAAAAGAACGUGAUAAAGUUUUGAGUAAAGAGGAAUUAGAGGCAGCUCAAAAGGCUGUUGCAUAUGGUUGUAUAAAAUAUGCUGAUCUUUCUCAUAAUAGAUGUCAUGACUAUGUUUUUAGUUUUGAUCGUAUGCUUGAUGAUAAAGGUAAUACAGCUGUUUAUCUUCUAUAUGCUUAUGCUCGUAUAAGAUCAAUUGCUCGAAAUGCUGGUGUUCAAAACUCAACCUUAACAGAGUAUAUUAAAAAUCUUAAAAAUAAUGCAAUACCAUUAGAUCAUCCGGCAGAAUUUAAAUUAGCAAAACAUAUUCUUAAGUUUUGUGAUACUAUUUUAGUAGCUUUAGAUACAUUUCUUCUUCAUCAAAUUUGUGACUAUGUCUAUGGUCUUGCUACAACUUUCCAUGAUUUUUACAAUGAAUGUUAUGUUAUUCAAAAAGAUAAAGAUGGAACAGUAAAACUUUUUGAGAAUAGACUUGUUUUAUGCGAAGUUACUGCAGAUAUAAUGUGUGCUUGUUUCAAUAUACUCGGUAUAAAAGCUGUUAACAGAAUGAGAUUUAGUAUAUGUAUAGAGUGUUAA